AUGAACGUUACAGUUACUGUUUAUGAUAAGAACGUCAAGCACAGAUUAGAAGAAAAUGUUAAAAAUAGCAAGGGUCCCAUCAACAACAAUCAAUCAGCAUACAAUAAUGAGUCAAAGAGCACGGACGGAAGUGAUUAUGCAAUGUUUCCCACUAAUGUUAGGUACAUCUUUGAAGAUAACAACGAUGAAAUAGUAGAUUCAAGUGAUGCCGCUUUGACGGCAGGAAUAGAUAAGGACGAAGAUGAACUCGAAAAUGUCAUAAUUGUUCAAUUAGAUGAAUCAGGAUCUCUUGAGGAUAUUACGCUGAUCAGCGACCAAUACGAGCUUUUGUCGCAUAGAACAAAUAAUCUCAGCUUGGAGGAAAAUCAAAUGAGAACAUUUGCAUCACAUAGUAAUGAUUUUAAAUCAAAUGAUGAUGGGGAAGAACUCAGCGUUGACAGUGGUAAACUCGGAAUGGACUUGGACAUAGAACUUGAUGUGAUUUCGCAAUUUUGCGAUUUGUCUCCUUUACUUCGCGAUUUGAGUCUGAAUGACCUGAUUAAGCUCUAUGUCACACAGAAUGAACAGUUACAAAUGAUCUCCAAUUCUAUAUGA